AUGGCGGCCAUUCUUUUACAAAACGGCACUGUCUUGACCCACGACAAUGACGAUCAUGUUGUGGCGUUAAGAGACCAUGAUAUUCUUAUCAUAGGGAACAAAAUACAAGCUAUCGGGCAGGCCCUUACCUUGUCUGAUAAUACUCAAGGCCGAAUCAUCGACUGCAGCGGCAAAAUAAUUUCCCCGGGGUUUAUUGAUACGCAUCACCACCUAUGGCAGACACAGAUGAAGGGCAGGUUUGGGGACUUGAAGUUCAUGGACUACAUGGUUGCAGGCAACAUCCAAUCAUUCAAUUAUACACCAGAUGACAUCUUCUGGGGCCAGCUGGGCGGUUGUCGAGAGAGUAUUCAUAGCGGGGUCACGACCGUCGUUGACCACGCGCAUAUGACAUACUCCUCUGAGCAUGUAACCGAAGCAAUCCGCGCGACUGCAUCAUCUGGAUUACGGUCAUUCUUCUGCUACACGCCCAUCUGGCGUAUUAAAAGUUGGUCAUCAUCUGAAGCCCAGUAUGACGAAGACCUCCUGCCAGACUGGUGGUAUCAGACACUGGAGUCGCUUGCUAAAGCCAAUCCAUUUGGACAUCGACGAGUUAUGCUUGGUCUAGGAUUUGACGACUUUAAACUUCCCAAGGAGGAGGUUCAGAAUCUCUGGGCUAAAGCUCAAUCCCUUGGUCUCGGCCUUAUCACCACACAUUUCUGUGCGAAUUAUAUGAAGAACUCAGUCAAGCUCCUCAACGAAUAUGGCCUCCUAGACCAGCCCAUCCUCUUCUCCCACGUCAACGGAAUCACCAAAGAAGACGCAAAGACCCUCAUGCAGCACAACGCUCACUUUUCCACCACCCCAGAAUCAGAACUUCAAAUGGGCCUGGGCGAGAUUGUUGCUUUCCGCCCUGACAUCAAGCGCAACGGCUCGAUAGGUAUAGACUGCCAUGCCAAUAACUCGAGUGAUAUCCUGACGCAACUCCGUCUUGGUAUGCAACAUGCCCGUGGUAUUGAGAAUACGGAAGCUCUAGGUGCUGGACAGUAUCCCUCUGUGCAGAUCAAGCUUGAAGAGGCCUUCAAUCUAGCUACAAUCCAGGGGGCCAAGGCUGUUGGGAUGCAAGAUCAGAUUGGACGGAUUGCUGUUGGAAAGCACGCAGAUUUGGUGAUUUUUGACACAACCUCACCCAAUAUGGUCUGUGCAGCAGAAGAAAAUCCGUUGGCUGCUGUUUUGCUGCAUGCUAACGUGGGGGAUAUUGAGAUGGUGAUUAUUGACGGGGUUGUUCGGAAAGAAAAGGGCAGAUUACUUGAUGCGGAAAUUCUAGAUGGUCCUAAUGGCCAGGUGAUCAAGGUGCUGGAUCAGAGAGAGCUGUCAAAAAGGCUUCUCACGAGUCGCGUGGAAAUUAACAAGCGGAGGGAGGGACAAAAUGAGGAGAAGGGGAUGGAGUUCUUGUAUAAGACCUUUGGGUGA